AUGGAUAAUGGUUGUGUUGUGUGUGGGUCUUGUUUGGAGAAUCGUGACCAUCUCUUUGCAGAUUGUUCCUUUGCUCAGGAAGUAUGGGGUGUUGUACUAGCUUCUUGUGGGAUUCGAUUUGAUUCGUAUAGAUGGGAUGAUCGACUCAAUUGGCUGAUUGAGAACUUGAAGGGCAAAUCUCUUCGGGUGCGGAUUCUCAAGCUUGCUUGGACUGGUUUUUUGUAUUACAUUUGGGAGGAGCGUAAUCAUAGGAACUUCAGGAGUUCUUCACGUUCAGUUGAUAUUAUUGUAAAUAAUAUAAAGGAGGCUGUGAAAAUCAAAUUGUAUAGUCAUUGCAUACAUAGGAUUGAUGAUGUUAAUAGGCAAUUGUGCAUAAGUUGGGGGCAGACCUAG